AAUGGUCCAGCCAAACCGUAGAAGAUCCAAGCGUCAUCACCACGACGAAGAUAACUACGAAGUGCUGCUGUUGUCAAUGGCAAAGGCGAAAUGGUCGGCAUCGUUAUCAGCGGUAAGAACUUCGUCACGGUUGAACAGGACUCCAUAGCCACACCUGAGAAGCGUCCCAAGUCUCCCCUCAGGAAGAGGGCACCAACUCCACCAGACGUGCCAACCACUGCAUCGCUCACGCCUCGCACUCCGUUCGAGUACACUGCACGCAAGGAAUGGACUCAAGGCUUCAGACAGGUAACUAUCUUGCCCAUUGCUCCUAUGCAAGCCGACCUCUGGAAACGGUUUGGUAUGAGGAUGGAACUAUACCGACCUUCGGACGAAGUGAGGUCACGCUAUCCGAGCAAGUCAACAGUGCGCCAAGAACAGUUCGCGGCAUAUCCACCACGCCCCAAGGCUCACACCCUCGACACGUAUGCUUGGUACAAGAAAGCCUGCGAGGAAGGAGUUUUCACUCAGAAAGAGCAGCAUGAUUGGAAGGGUAAGGUGGCUACAGAGGGAAGUUCUUUCGGCGCUUUGACCUUCAGACCUGGAAAGAUCGCCAGGACUUCUUGAUGGCUUUCUCUCACUUUUGUUUUGUUGGUUGGGUCGAAUGAAGACUAUGACAAGUGCGGACUUUUUUUUUGUCUCAUUGGUAGCUUCUACCUGUCGUCCUCUCUUUUUGUCACGCCUCCGGUCACUCGGUUUUUUGGUUCCUCAG